AUGUCGACUUCUGACCAUCCCGAAACAGAUGGUCAGAUGGAACGCGUCAACCGCGUUCUCGAAGAGAUACUUCGAGGGUACGUCCACUCGUUUGCGAGCUGGAGUGAGUUCUUGCCGAUGGCGGAAUUCGCCAUCAACAACUCGGUGCACGCGUCGAUAACGCAUACACCGUUCUUCGUGAAUGACCUACGCCAUCCACGUUUACCCGCCUUCUUCGAGUGUGAAUCUAGUUUAAGGGGGGGACUCGCUCGAACAAAAACCGAUCUGGUUCUUGCUCAUCACCCGUCGACGAUGGUGUUGACGUGA